AACUAGAAAAUUUAAAAUAAAAAAGAUGGCAUUACUUUCAACGCGUACUUUUUUGCUCUCUUGUGGUGUAAAGCGUUUUUUUCCUCGUUUUAAUGAAAUUGAUGCAGAAGAUCCUAAAAGACCUUAUAAGUGUCACCUGUGUCCUUAUGCAGCUCAUACUCGCAGCAAUCUUAAGAACCAUAUAAAUGCCCACACUGGUGAGCGUCCUUAUAAGUGCCAGAUAUGUGGGCGAGGUUUUACUCAAAAAGGUAACAUGAAAAAACAUGAACAACAGCAUGAUGAGAGAUAUCCUACAGGUUGUAGUAUUUGUGGAAAAUCUUGUGACAAUAAACUUUCUCUGCAGCAGCAUAUGGCCUUACACUAUGUUGUGCAGUAAUCAUUUAUAAAAGUUGUGUCUUAUCUUUAAAACAAAUGUUAUCAAAAUAUUUUUAAUCCCAUUUAUGAAAUGUAAAUAGUGGAAUAGAAUAUCAUGUUCUUCCUUUCUUUUAGCUUUUUAUUUUAAUUUUAAUAAUAAUGAUUUCAACAAAAAUUCAAUUUUAAGUAAACUUUUUGUAUUUGUAACUUUUUUUUAUAUGCGAAACAUUUUUUCUUUUGAAUUUUAUCAUUAUUUUUUAUUAUCUAGCUCCUGUGCCUGAUAUUAAAAAUACUUUAGAAGAUAAUUAUACUUACAGUACAAAUCACUUUGAGCAAUAUGAGUAGAAGGAAUAAUAUGUAGAAAAUGUUAUUUAUUGCUUGAUUUUAAGCUAGUGUGUUUAACAUACUAUUUUUAUAACUUUAUAUUUCAUUUGAAGAGAAUCAAAGUAUUAUUUUAAUAUAUUUACACUAUUUUAGCAAUUAUUCAUAUGAAUCUGUCUUGUAGGGACUAAAACAUGAAAUAUUAACUUGGAAAGAAUUUGUUAAGUAAGAAUCUUUACAUUCUAUUUGGAUAUUUUACAUAUAUUGAAUUUGCAUAUAUUUAAAAUAAUCUCCAUAUUACCUUAAAUUAAAACAUUAUCUAAAAUUUCAAUAAAUGUUUUCGAUGACAACAUUAGACCAGUUACUGUAUUAAGACAUGUUCAAAUUUAAAGCAUAUUACAUAGGUGAGUUCAAGGAAUUUACUAAUGGAAAAGCAAAUAAAAAAUUAUUGUAGCAAUAAAUAAGUUUGAUUAUAAAUUAAUCUAAACUAAGUAAAAUACUUCCGUAGUGGCCAAGAGGAUCUUGAAGAUAUUCCACAUUUUUGUGACCAAUACAUGAUGGUGGAAAUGUGAUUAACAUUGCAUUCCCACCUUAAUUUCUCACACUACCAGUCAAUCUGAAGCUAUGUGUGCUUCAAGCUGCCAAUGGAUAUAGAACCUGGAUUCUUCGCAAUAACAUCUCAGUGCCUUAAUCAUUUUGCUAUUGCAGGGCAAAAGGAAUAAAUGAAAUAAAUACAAAUGACCAAAGCUUUAGCUAUUUAAAAACUCCUUUCUUUAAUAUAAAAAUGUAACAAAUAGAGCUAUAAACUAACAAAAGUCACAGAUUUUAUCUUUUAAAUAACUGAAAAAAAGGAUCAUCUCCACUUUAAGGCAAUGUGUAAAGUGAGUUUUAUAAGGAAACUUAUUUUUCUUCCAUCCUACUGGAACCAUUCAGAUUGCUUGUUCAAAUGUCAUUAAUGACAAACUAUCUACAUGCCGAAUUUCAUUGAUAUUAUAUUAUUGAUAUAGACACUUACCAAUGAUAAUCAAACUUUCAAUUAUUGUAUAUUAUUUCAGACAGUGCAGAUUUACAGACAUAAGCUAGCCUUUUGUAUCAUUUAAGAAGCAGCAGUAUACUAACCGUCUACCCGUAACUGCUGCUAUUUUUCUUCUUCUAAUAACUUGAUCUACCGUUUGAUGCUUUUAAGAAAUAGAAAAUACAAGCUAUUCGUUACUUAUCAAACUUAAGUGCAACAAUAACUUAGAUGACUGUGCAUAUUUGAUUUGUUCUAGUAAAAAGUUAAUAUAAUUUACUUUUACAACUAAAAAUGAGUACAAUAUUUUUUAGCAAUUUUUAAAUAAAGUAGCAUGUUUAAUAGUUUAUUAAAUAUAGAUAAUGAUUUCCAUAUAAUUAUCAAAAUAAAUUUUUACUUUAAAUCUUUUUAAGAAUUAAUCAGAUUUUUAUCAUUAUCAUAAUAAGAAUGUGAAUACCUUAAUAAGAAGAAACUUCAAGAAGAUUUCCAUUUAUCAAUAUAAAUUUAACUGUAACAGUGAAUAUCAAAAAAGUGUUGCGUUUGACUUGAGUUAUUUUUUAUCUGGGAAUAUUUCUAAGCCCCUCACAGCUGUAUGUUGUUCAUUGUGGGUCUAAUUGUGAUUAUUGUAGAUUAUUUAAAGUGAAAUUAAUUGAAAAUUUUUACUACCCAUUUAUAUGAAAAUAAAAAUAAACUUAUAAGUUUAACACUUAGUAUUCUUACUUAAUUAAUUAUUUUUGUUAAUAUUUCAAGCAAAUUCUAAAGAAAAAAUUGUGUACUUACAAAUAAGAAAAAUUUUAAAUUUUCCUUAAUUUUUUUUUAUUGGAAAUAAAAAUCAUUUUGAUAAAAAAUAAAUCUUUCAUUGAUCCUUUCUUAUUUUAUAAUCAUACAAAGUGUUAUAAUUCAUCUUUCCGGGAAAAAUUUUAAAAUAUGAAAAAUUUUAUUUAAAAAAUUUUAAGUUUAUUAUGAAUAUUUUUAGCUAAAAAAAUUUUUUUAUUGAAAAGAAAAUCUUUCAUUUUGCAAUAUUUAUAGAUUUUUAUUAAUUAUUGUAAUUGCCAUGAUUAUUUAUUUUUUAUAUUAAGUUUUUAUCUUUGCAGUGUGUUAAUAGUUAACCAUAUUGUUUUAUAAGAGUUAAGUUACUUUUGUUGUAAAGACUGUUUUCAUAAAAAUAUAUUUUAUGUAUGCCUUGCUAAUAAAAUGUUUUAGUUUUUAAAA